GAGACUCAGUUGCCAUCGAGCAAGCGGCGAGUGCACCUAUCGGCCAAGGUGAGCAGGGAUUAUUAAACAGCGGAUUACCAGUGCCAGCAGCGAUAGACAGCUAUCCAUUUCCAACGCAACAGCGGCGGAACAAGGAAUCAAGAUCGUCAGACGUAUUGCGUGCCGACGCGCAUAUUGGCUGUAUCGGAUUUUCGCGCAGGAUCGAGUAGUAACAACAUCGGCGGCGGUAUGCCUCAAACCCCACAAUCGGAGUGCCGGCUAAAGGGUGGACACCCGCCUGCCGUUAAAGCUGGCGCCAUGAGGAUUACCCAGCACAAGCCCGAACGAGAAGCAUCAGGUCUUUCAACGCACCCGGACUCAGAUGAGGCGCUCAUAUCUGUAUCGCCGCCUAAGAGUAAUCAAAUUAAACAGAUCAUCAAUGGAGUAAUUGUCAAGGGUGAUGCCGAUUUCCCAGCGGACGCGGUGAAGGCAUUCCACGAAAGUAAGAUUCACCCAAGCCACGAGUACCGACAGGGAAGCCAAAGCAACUACGCUAAGCCCAUGAUGAUUCAGCAGCCGCGUAAAUAGAUGUCGAGCUGGAAAAAUAAACAAUAAUAACAAUAUCAGCAGAUGGAUAUCUAGAAAAUCGGCAUAAAAAAGGAAAAAAGGUCAAAUAAAGAACUGUACGCAAUUACGAAGAGAGCGUGACGAAUAGAGACAAUAAGAGAGAGCGACAGAGAGACAGAAACGGAGGACAAGUGGGAAAGCGGGAGACCCAGCGCGUGUGCCAAUGGAGUCACCAGAUCGAUCUCUCAAAAGGAGGAGGAGAUGACCGUAUAGUAACAACUAAAAUAAUGUAAAGACGAUAGGGGGAAAAAAUAUCUGCAGAUAGUCUUUCGAAAAUGGAAGAUUCGGAAGGACAAAAGGCAUAGCUAGCAGCAACUCAAGUAUGCUGCUCACCUGUUUCUUAUAAGAGGACUUCCGGCGUCGCAAGUCGAGCCAACGCGUCGAAUAGAUUUAGCAAGCAAGCUCAGAAAGUGCUCAUCCAGACCCCUAAAUUCAGGAGUGCUCUUGUUCCACUCGGGAAGCGUCAAGCGAAAACGGAUGAAAAUGCUAUUCACAAUCGUGAUAUUAUGUGCCCGGCCAGCACAGUACGGAAUUGGUCUCUAUGCAAAUUUCUCCCACCGGUGACAGUACAUAUUAAGCUAUUUGUUUGAAAUAUUCAAUCGCAGAGCUAUUCACUGAAUUUAUAAUAUAUUUAUGCACUUUCAAAAUGAUGCAGUAACAAAAGUGCAUAAUAAAACUUACAUAAUCCACAACAUAAUAUUAUGAGCUUGGUCGUUCUCGGAAAUAUGUUUACUGUGCCCACCGAGCAAGACAUGAUUAUUAUUUAAGGUGGAGUAUCCGUUAAAGAAAUGCAUUGGAUGAUGAAUUGAUUACGGUCUAUUCCAUAUGAACCUAACUUGGACAGCCCUCGUCCGUUCUCGUUAAACAUUAUAAUACUGUUUUCGGUAAACUGAACAGUAAAAAAAAAAACUUCACGAAUUUUUGAAGAUUUAAUGAGAAAAGCACUAAUCUACUGACACGUAAGUGUUGCAGUUUCGUUUGUAGGGAAUAUUGGCGACAUGAAAAUAAUGAUAAGAACACAUGAUACUCCCAACUAGCAAUCGUAGAUGAAUAUGGACUUCCAUGUAUUAAGUCGAAAAUUCUCGAGGCGUCGGAACUCGAAAGGAUAAUGCAAAAGAUGUUUCAUACUGAGAUCAGCAGGCCGUGUUGAAAUGACUAUACAUUUGGGUAGUUUUUCAUCGUUGACUCCAUUUAGAUAUAUGCUCGUACAUAAUGGCAGACAAUCAGGAUGUGCGAUACCACAACAACGAACGACUGCAAUUGGUUGCAGAAUUCUAGUUUUGUAUUACACCACGACAACACCUGGAUACCGUCUCAUCUAACACAUGCGUACAGCUGAAGCAAGCAAAAAAAGGAGCAUUAGAUGGGCUGCAAGGGCCUCUUUGGAAUCAACUAUCGCCAAUUAACGAGGCGGUAAACUAAAUAGGUAACUUAAGCGGCCCUGAGAAAUCUUUAUUGAGAAUUUGAUUGCUCUUCCGCCAAUAGUGCAAGAAUGAAUAAAAAAGAUGCAUUUAAAACUGUGCAACAUCUGAUAAAAACUUUUGUCGACAAUAUGAAAGCAGUUUCAGGAAUUAAUUUGUUUGCUACUAAAUAGAGAUUCGUGCUUUAAAACUACGAUAGUUUUUUGAUCGGAGGGACCGACAUGUGGCCGAUGGAAAAAAGAUACUAGAAAUGAAAGCAGAAGAAACUUUGUAAUUAUUGGCUUGGUAUAAAUGUGGAUUGUGCGGGCCGAGGCUUAUAAAUGGUAGGCUAAAUGACACCCCUCAGCUACUGCGCAAGGUUGAGGAUGGCGAGCUGAUAACCAAUUACCUCGGCGUCAAAAAGAUGAUAAAGAAAACUAGUGCAAGCGGCGAAAAAUGGGCCGGGUUCAGCGCGGAUGCGUUAGUCGGUCUUUGAUGAAAAAGUCUCAUGUGCAAAAAACAAAAAACCAAUGCUGCUAACAUAAAAUAAAACCGAUAACAGUUAUCCUCA